AUGUUGCUCCAGCGCUAUCCCGUGCGGUCCAACUCAAAUUCGAGAAGCACAUGUGCCUCACGUUCAGCAAAUGGCAUGUUAGCACCACCCACUGCUGUGCCUCGAGGCAGGAGCUGUUCGAUUUCUAGUACCCGGAAUAACUCUCAACCUCCUUCAGUGUCCAGAUCUGCAGGACACAUCAGUCGUGCACACUCGCCGCUUUCCCAUGCCAUAACUAUCAAUCAUGCUUCUCCAGGUCAAACUGACGUUCCCUCUCGCCGGUGUGCUUCACCAAAUGACUCACUGGACGAGCCUAUUAGUGCUGGCGUGCGUCGCCAGAGAUCCUCUAGCACUGACUGUAACGACCCAUCAAUGUUUACGCCUGGACUCACAAAGCGACUCAAAUUGUACACAAUGAAAGUUGCUGAAGAGAGAGGUGUCGAUAAGGAUCAUCUCGUUGACUUUACUGGAGGAAUUGCCUAUAUGCUCAUCGAUCUUAAGGCCACCAUGAUGUUAUUUAGUGCGGCGAACCGGAAGUCUCUCCUUGCAGAAAUCAAGGAACUAAUAGAAUCCAAAGAUUUCAAGUCGGGUCUUCAGAACCGCCUCACAGCUUGUGUGUUAUCACCUAAUCUCACUGCAUAUGUCAACGACACACUGGAACAUGUCAUGGAAUUUAUCAAGAAAAACAGCGAGAUAUUCAAGGUCCCGCCGUUCCUCUUUGAAGACAUUGAGCUCACCGCACAAUUAUCGACACUUGUCAGUGAAGCGCUUUCGUGCAUUCGCGGCAAUGUAAAGGCUAAGCUGAUGUCGUCAAUCAUAAAACGCUUGAGUAUCAUAGAUACCGCAAGAUCACUGGCUCAUGGUUGCCUAGAGGUUGAUGCAUUGCAUUGGAAUAGAUACGCGUUUUUGCGGCGCUGCCUGCGCAUUUUUCUUAUCGGCACUGGUAACUACAAGACCAUUCCUCUACAGGAUAUUUAUUCUCCGUCCCUCCUUCCGUCCCUCCACCGAGACCUUCGUGUCAAAGUCGGUGAUGCACUUGGCAUCAAUGUUGGAUUGGAUGACUUCGACUCCGACCCCAUAGUUGAAGGUGGUGGCCAAGUUGAUGAGAAUGGCGCAGACGGCAUGGGAGGCAUUGAAGGUAGCAUGAAUGGUGCGAAUGCUGAAGAUGGCAGAACUGAUCUCAAUAUCAACCACGAUGGCCCGGGAGAUGGUGACGAGGAUGAGCCUGAGAGAGAUUUGUCUGGUGUGGCAGAGAAGGAGAAGUACGAACUUGACCCCAAUGACUCGGGAUUCAGGGGCAACGGAAAGCGCACCAUUUUCACAUCAAGCAAGUUUUGGAGGUUCGUGGAUGCCUCACUUGAGGGUGUUCGCAAAAUGGGAAAGGCUGAGGCAGAGGAACUUGGUGAUGGAACACCGGCUGAGAAUAUCGUCAGGAACAUCCUGGUUGAAUAUUUCCAGCAGGACCUCGCCGAAUUUCCAGGGAAGAGAAGUGUCCCAAAACUUCUUUCCGUUGCCAAUCCUCAGUGGCAGACAAAGAUUCAGACUGAUCUACUUUGGUAG